AUGGAUUCAUUUGAGUACAACCCCAACUCUGGUCGCGUCAUCUUUGGCAGUGGCACACUGCAAAAGCUCCCCGAGGAGAUCACUCGGCUACAAGUGAAGGCACCGUUGGUGCUUUCCACGCCCCAGCAAGUCAGCCAAGCUGAAAGAGUCAAGGAUGUAUUGAAAGGUCAAAUCGCUGGUAUUUUCAGCGAAGCUACAAUGCACACUCCCACCAAUGUGACUGACAAGGCCCUCGAGUAUGCAAAGGCCCAGGGAGCCGACUCGGUCAUUUCCAUUGGUGGUGGAAGUACCAUCGGCCUCGGUAAAGCGAUCAGUAUUCGUACUGGGCUGCCACAUGUCUGCAUUCCCACUACCUACGCUGGUAGUGAAAUGACUCCCAUCCUUGGUGAAACCGCAGACGGUCUCAAGAAGACGCGUUCUGACCCCAAGAUCUUGCCCGGAACUGUCAUCUACGAUGUCGAUCUUACGAUGACUCUGCCCGCCGCGAUGAGUGCCACUAGCGGUGUCAAUGCCAUUGCGCAUGCCGUCGAAGCUCUCUACGCGCGCAACACCAACCCAAUCAUCAACAUGAUGGCCCUUGAGGGCACUCGGGCGCUUGCAUCUUCACUUCCCGAGAUUGUCGAGAACCCAUCUUCCCAAUCUGCACGUUCCAAGGCUCUCUACGGAGCUUGGCUCUGCGGAACAUGUCUCGGUAGCGUGGGCAUGUCCAUCCACCACAAGCUGUGCCACACGCUGGGUGGUAGCUUUAACCUCCCGCAUGCUGAGACGCAUACCGCUGUCCUCCCGCAUGCUAUCUCUUACAAUGCGCCCAACAUCCCCGAGGCCAUGAAGCAGUUGGCUGACGCUUUGCCGGACAGCGAUGGCGAUGCAAUCCACGGCUUGAACGUCCUGUUGUCCAAAUUGAAGGUCAAGCGCGGCGUAAAGGACUUUGGAAUGAAGGAGGAAGACAUUGACAAGGCGGCGGAUAUUGCGCUUUCUAAUGCUUACUGGAACCCCCGUCCCAUCGAGCACGCCCCGAUUCGCGAAUUGCUUCGCAGAGUUUGGGCGGGAGAGCCGGCGCGAGCUGAUCUGUAG